ACACACACACACACACACACACACACACACACACACACACACAUACACACACACACACACACGUCUGUGCUCGGUGUUUGGAGCUGCCUUUAGGAAUGCAGGUCGUAGUUUGGUGGAGCAAGCAGCGACAGGUUGGACCUCCUGAAGGGGGUUUGUUGAAGGAGCUGUAAAACAAAAGACAAGGAUCAGGUUGUGUGUCUGAAGACACAGUCCUCACGUCUCUCAGCAGGUGUCCUGCUCCAUCAGAGGAUUUAUGGUCAGGAGCAGCUUGUUGUUAUGGAGGGAGUGCACACGCUGGACAACUGCAGAAAGGACCUCCAUGAGUCUGUGGGAGCCGUGGACAGCUCAGUCAACAUGGACCGCCUGAACAGGAACAUGCCUGAGUGUGGACGCCAAACCUAUCAGCUGUCACAG